GACAACUGAUUUUCCGUAGUUUGUCACGAGUCGUUUAAAUCAGUUUAAAUUGUGGAGUUAGGCUAGCCAGUUUGGAUAACAAUAUAUUGAGUAAAAUAAAUACUUUGGUAUAUAUUCAACACUUUUGUAGCGGUGAAAAGGACAUCUCUAAACGUGUUUAACAAUAUUACUUGAAGUUAUGUAGUUUUAACAUCGCGUUGGUGUUAAAGUAUUUAAAGUAUUAGUGAGUUCCUUUCUCCGAAGUUAUUUUACUCAUCAAAAAAUUCAGAAGUACAAAUGGAGCAGACAUUAGAUUCUAUACGACCAUCCACUACAGUUUCGGAAGAAGAGGCUUCAUAUUUAUAUGGAAGAGAUCCAAGCAUAUUAACUUAUGGACAUUGUACUCGACAUGCCGAUGAUUCAAAGAAAAAUUUAAUAUCUUUGUUUGAGAGUGUGGAGUCUAACUCAGAUUUGGAAAAAGCUUCGUUAGAAUCUGUCAGUUCUGACGUUUUGACCCAAACUGUAAAAGUAUAUUUGAGAAUGAAACCAUUUCCAAAAAAAAUGAAAACAACGGAGGACCAGGAACGAGCAUAUACAAUAAUGAAUUCAACAACGUUAUUGACACGAUUGCCUUGCAUAGAAAGUAAUAGUAGCUAUUUUGGAAAAAAUAAGAAUAAUGUGAUUGUAUGUAAAAAGUUUACCUUCACGCAAACACUUGGACCAGAGACUAGUCAGUUACAAUUAUUUGAACAAACUGUAAAGCAACAAAUGAUAAAUUUUUUAGCAGGGCAAAAUUCAACAGUUAUGACUUAUGGAACAACAAAUUCGGGGAAAUCGUACACAUUUCAUGGAAAUGUCCAUGCUCCGGGUUUAAUCCCACGAUGUCUACAAUUUAUGUUUUGUACUAUCAACCCUCAAUUAGAACCAUGUUAUAAACCCGUACAUUAUUGUGAUGUACUUAGUUUAAAUGCAUAUCAAUGUGCACAGGAAUUAGAAGAAAAGAACAGGUUACUUGCACUUGGAAUGACCGAAAGAAAUCAAUGCUUUGAUGCUUACAAAAAAAUGCAGGCAUUGCUACAGGAAGAAUCCCCAAUAAAGACAAACCAAUGCAGUGAUACUCUGUAUUCAGUAUGGGUGUCAUUUGCUGAAAUUUACAAUGAGACGAUAUAUGAUCUAUUAACGAAUGACUGUCAAAAACAGAGAUGUCCAUUAAAAUUGUCAACAGAUCAUCAUGGCAGAUCAUUUAUUAAAGGGUUGAAAACGAUUUGUGUAAAUUCUGGCUUGGAGGCAUAUCAAGUUUUUAUGGCUGGCCAAUAUAAUCUUAAAAUUGCUGCUACUGCAUUAAAUGCCAGAAGCUCCAGAUCACAUUGUAUUUUUACCAUAAAAUUGUUAAAGUAUUACACAGAAAAUAAUCCAAAAUCUGUGGAAAUGAGCACAUUUUCAUUUUGUGAUUUGGCUGGUUCAGAACGCUUAAAAAAAACAUUGAAUGUAGGAGAUAGGCUGAAAGAAGCUCAGAAUAUUAAUACCAGUUUAUUAGUUCUUGGAAGAUGCUUAAAGUCGAUAUAUGAAUCUCAAUGUUUGAAGCAGAAACAGGAAAUUGUUGGGCCUUUUCGAGAAUCAAAAUUAACAAGAUUAUUUCAAGGAGCUCUUUCAGGAAAGGAAUUACUUUCAUUGAUUGUCCAUGUUAACCCAGCACCAAAUCUUUAUAUUGAAACGCAGAAUGUAUUGAAUUUUUCUGCCAUUGCACGAAAGAUUGUUGUGGAAUCUAAAAAACCAAAACAGAGGGCAUUACGUUCAAGAUUUUCACAAGUAGUUGCCCAAAGUAUCAAAACAGUUACUGACUGGGACACUGUGCAGUUAGAGAACAUAGAGAGCGAUUUAGUGGAAUCGGAAAGCACUGAUUUUGAGCAUUUACGUAACUACGAGGAUAUUAUUAAUGAAAAUAAAGAUCUGAAAAUGCAAAUCAAAUCAUUGAAGGAGUCAAAUUUGAAUCGAGAUCUGCUGAUUCGGAAGGAGUUGUCAGAUACAUACGACGCCAUGAUGAAGAAUUUGGAUUCUAAUUGGAGAGAACAUGUAAAGAAUAUGGAAGAACAACAAGAAGAUUUAAGAGAAUGGACGGUGCAACGAAUGACAAGAUUUUAUGAGGAAAAACUUAGUAAAAUGUCAAAUAAGAAGCGAAAACGAUCUGAAGGCGACGAUUUCGAUUAUAAUGAAGAAAUGAAAGACGCAGCAGAAUUAGAGGCUGAAAAUAGCCGAUUAACACAUCAAAUUUUGUUACUUAAAGAAACUAUAAAAGAUCUGACAAAUACAAAUCGAACCCUAGAGAUUCAGAAAAAUAAGGCGAUAUUUCAGUCGAGCCUUACAAAAGAUUGUUUGAAGAAAACAGAGAAGUUGUUACAAGUAGCAGAAGAACGUAACUUGUCCCCUGAUGAUGAUACAAAAGUUUACAUAAACGAAUUAAAAUCUCAAUUGUCAGAGCAACAGGGUCGCAUUGAGAAAUACAUAGAAUUUCUUAAUCAAGCAAAGGCUGACUAUAUCACGGCUCAAAAUGAUGAUAGAGAAAAGCAAAAACAAUUAAUGGAACAAGAUGAAUUGUUGGCAAUGAAUGCCGACGAAAUAACUGAUUUACAGGAACAAGUAGAACAUCUUAAAUUAUGUCUACAAGAGAAAUCUAAUGCCAUCGAAGGUUUGGAAGAAAAAUUGGAGUGUUUAAAUAAGGCAAAUGUUGAUUUAGAAAACAAAUUGUUCAAAACUUUAGAUGAAGUGAAUAAGACAGAUGAUAGUAAAGUAUUACAAGAAGAUGAAUUACAUGCAACAAUUGAGGGAGACGUUGAUAAUGUCAUAGCUAAUACAAAUGACAAAACAGUUUUGGUAGAUUUGAAAGAUGUAAUCGUUCAAACUAGUUUCGCUGAUAUUUCUACAGAGGAGAAGUUUGUCCAAACUUGUACAGGUGUUAUCGAUUCAUUAAACGAUACUGAAGAGCAAUUAAGUAAACUAAAAAUUGAGUAUACAAAACUGGAGAAUCAGUAUAAACAAGAAUGUUCGUGUACUGAGGAAUUGAGAAUACAGUUAAAUAGCAUGAAGGAUAAUAUUGAAAUUGUAACUGAAGCUUCCAGUCAAGAACAUGAGAGGGAUUUGAUGGAAAAGGUUAAGUUAGAAGAAGCAUUGGUCGUAGCAAACAAUACAAACAGUGAUUUGGGAAAAAGGAUAACUGAACAUGAACAGCAGAUAGAAAAACUUCAAGAAACUGUAAAACAAUACACAACCAACGAACAAAAUCAAACUGAGAAAUUAAUAAACAUAGAACACGAACUAAAAAAGCUAAAGUUAAAGUGUCAAGAACAUGAAGUAUAUAUCUCCAAAUUAGAAGAGGAAUGUAAUACGGCAAAAGAACGAGAUGAACUUAAAAACCAGUGUAUAGAUGCACAUAAACAAAAAGUUGUGCAACUUGAACGGGAUGUAAUCAAUGUAAAUGAACUACAGCAGAGGAUUAAUCAACUUAAUAAUAUUUUGGAAAAACUGGAAAAAGAAAAAGUUAUUCUACAAAACCAGAAAUGCGAAAAUGAAUCAAAAAUUGAAAACCUAGAAGCAAAAUUGACUGCGGCCGGUUCCAAAGAAGAAGAAUUAAAUACGGAAAUUUCAAAAUUGCAAAAAGAGUUGAAGAACGUAGUUCAAUUAACUGUAAUGAGCCCGGCGGAUAAGGAAAUGGAAAAAGAAAUGAAAAACGUUUUGAAGGAACUAGCUGAAAGUAAAGAAGCUCAUGCUCAAACACAAAAAAUGUAUAACGCGUCCGAACAAAGCUCUACAACGAAAAUUCAAAGUCUUCAAUCGAAAAUAGACAAUUAUGAGCAAAACUUAAAAGUUUUAACUCGUUUUCAAGAAAAUGCCCAAUGUAUGCAGGAGGAAAAUAAGAAACUACGAGAUGAGAUUGAUAAUUUAAAAAGCAUAUUAAGUGUCAAGGAUCAAGAAAUGGAAUCAUUUAAAAAAAAUAGUCUUGAAACGAUUAAUAAGUAUGAGGGAUUAGUCAAAUUACGACAAGAUGAUCUGGAAAGGCAAAAAAGGGAGGUCAUGCGAUAUCAAGAGCUAUUCCGGAGGCAGAUUACUCCCAUUUCUGGUAAAGAAGAUGUUACACAGUUACGGGAAAAACUACGUGUUACGACGAAAAAUUUGGAGGAAGCUGAAGAGAAACUGAGGAAACUUGAGAAAAAGUCGCAUGAUGAGCAUUUGAAUUCUGCAGACGAGGGAGGACCCACCCGUCGGCCUAAGCGAGGCGGGAAAAAAAAUGUUGCACAGUCGCCUGUAUCUAGCGAAGAUGUAAUCGAAUUAUCUGGAUCGGAGUCUAAACGGAUUACACGGCGCACAGCACUACCGCCACCUGCGCCAUGCCCAGAGAUAAAAAGAUCAGCACGCAAGAAAAAAUUGUUUCUAUGUUCUGGGGAUGAACCUGAAGAAUUUGAACCAAUCGAGAGCGAAGCCUUGCCCUCAGCCUCAACGUCAAUGCCUGUCACGCGGAAUUUAAGGAAUAAAAAGAAAUGAGGCGCUUGGUGGUGUUAUUUUAUAUUACUAACACUUUUAAUCUGCUAGUGCUUUGUAAAUAUGUACAUACCACAUAUACAAAUAUGUAUAUACUACAAUUAUUUUACUGUUAUUAUGAUUUCGGUACAGUAUUGUAAGUGUCACUAAUAUUGGUCAUGUCAUUAUUUUGUCGUAUAUGACUGUGAUAAUUUUUCUCAGUUCUCCGUAUUUUUUUAUGUAGGUACUUCAUUAUAUGUAAAACUUUUUACUAUUAGUGUAAGCAUGAUUCAUAUUAUAUUUUUUUACUGUGAUUAGUACAAAAUAAAGUAUGCGAAAAGAAAGUCUAAAGAGUUGAUUGAAUAGGAAGUUUAUCUUGAAUUUAUAUAACUGUUUUGUAUAUUUUAUGUGGAGUCAUGCUCAUCUUGGCGUCGUACGUGUGCUGAACCAUUUAACUCCAGAUGCUAAUUUGUUUUUAGAUGCAUCAGCUGUUCUUCCUGCAUUUUGAAACAGGAAAAACAAGCAAUUU